AUGAGUCAACCGCCGCCGGCCUCGUCGCAGCAACGGUCUGCUUCGGCUGGCAACUACCCUUCGGCGUCAUCGACGCCCGUCACUAUUUCCACUGCUGCGUCUGGGUCUGCGUCAGCCACUACGACCCCUUUGCUUGGCCAUGGAUCGCUUUCAGCUGGGAGUCCGGCUUCCAAUCUCCUGUCAUCCUCACCCUACGGUGGCGGCUUCGCCUCGGCUGCGACUUCUCCAGCAUCAAUAGCGUUCAAUGCCGCCCACUCCUCGCAGCCGUACGCAUCUCCUGCGCAGAGCACCGCAUCGUUUCGAAGGCUCGUGUGGGAAGGCUCAGUCCCAAUAUGUGUCUCGAUCGAUCCGACGGACCUGCCGCCCGGCUCGGAUUCCUCGGUCGAUUCGACCUACCUCGUCGUACCACGCGUCAGCUACUUGCCCCUCAUCGUAGACGAUGUCAAGAAGAAUCUCCUCGAACUCGCCCUUGAGCAGCCAGCGCUGAAUAGCAUCAACGACAAGGACAUCUGGUUUGAAUACGAAGGCCAGCCUCUCCGCUGGCACUGGCAGAUCGGCCUUCUCUACGAUUUCCACACUGCAAACCCAGCACGCACUGCCGUCGCAUACAAUUCGUCGGCAUCAAGUACUUCGGGUCUGGGAUCUUUGCGACCGGAGUCGAGCACGCAGCCAUCUAGCUCCUCGGUGGAGUCGGCCUUGCAGCCACCCAGGCUUCCGUGGAAGAUCCGCGUGCGCUUGUCCAAGCCACCCACCGAGCGGCUCCACUCAAAUGCCGGAGUUGAGUCAUGCAAGACUUCGUUCAUGUCUAUGAUCAAAGAGGCCGACUUUGUCCGCUAUGGCUCCACCAAGAAGGUGGUCAAUCUCCGCAAGCAGGAACAGGAUACGCUAUGGGACGGCGUUGUCGCCCACGACUACGAGCUCUUCUGGAGUGUUGCCCAAAAGCUCGUUCCGAACGCAGCCGUAAUCGGCACUCAGACCGGCCCAGCGACGGCGACGGCAGGUCGGUCUCCCAUCGCCUCACGUGUUCAGUCUCUCAACCUUGGAGGUGGCGCACACGACGAGCGGUCGACGACUUCGGCCCAGCGCAGCUUCACUUCACAGCCGAACGAGAGUGAGGCUAGCCUGGCCCCGAGCAUGGCUUCGACCAUCACGAGCACGACUUCCUCCGAUCCACCCGCGGACAGCGGUACUGCGACACCCAAUGCGAACAAUGCGGUCCGAAGUAUACCGCUCCGCUUCUUUCUGCCAGACAAUGCGCCCAUCGUGCAGGAACCGGUUCCGCCCAUGCUGGAGGAUGGCCGUGCAAACACGCUCGGCGCGGUGCUGUCGGCCCUGUUCCCGCUCAUGUUUCCCCCACCGCCGAGCUUCAGCAGCUUCCAGGCGCCCUCUCCACCGCUGGCGUAUGCGCUCGUACAGGGCGUCAGGAUGCCUCUCGACGCCGAAAUCGCUUGGCUUGGAAGCGCGUUGGUAGGACCCGAUGGAUGGGUGGCAGUCGUCAUCGGCCUUGUUGUCUGA